CUUAACAAAAUGGCGGGUGGGCCGUGAAAUUAUCGACGCUUUGCGUUUUCUAAUAAUUAUAAGGGUUUAAAACAGUUAUUUGUAUUCAGAGUAUGUUUUAAUAGUGUUACGAAAAUGGAUUUCGAUGAAAUUGUAGUAAAAGAAAGCCCCGGCUUGUGCCGGUGUUGUCUUUCUGAGGGAUGCUACAAAGACCUAGGAUCGGAGUAUAGUUGGAUGAGUGAAACAGAAAUUUAUGCCGAUAUGUUGCUGGAAUGCUUUGAUAUUAGUAUAUCUCAACACCCGACGGGCCCCAACGGCUCCAACCGGCUGAUCUGCGAGGUGUGCAUCACGCGACUGCGGGACGCCUGCAACUUCAAGAAGCAAGUGCUGGAGUCGGAGAAGAAGUUUGUGGAUAUGGUGGGCAGGGGGGAGUUCCGGCCAAAAGUGCUGCUGUAUCAGACCCAGAUGAAGACUGAACGUGUUAUGGAGAUUGAAGAGGAAACUGGCGCUGACGACAGCGGCGAGGUCGAAUAUCUCGAGGAGGACGCAGACUUUGAUGAGGAGCUCCUAAAAAACGAAGACUACGGCGAAGCCUCCGUGUCCGAAGACAUCACCGUCUCCACCCUAGCGGUGAAGGGCAAGCGCGGCAGGCCCAAGAAGGCCGCAGCCAAGCCCGAGAAGAAGGCCAAGGUGGCCAAGACCGAGGAGAAGCCCAAGAAAGCAGUUGCUAAAGAUGUUAAACCGCGGAAAUACAAAGGCUGCGAAUCGUCCUCGAUGCGACGUCGCAACAACCUCGCGGUGUUGUUCAACAACACCUCGGUCGUACCCUUCAAAUGGAGGGGCAAAUACCUCUGCUUUUACUGCAGCAAGGACAUAGCCGAAUACCCCGCGCUUCGGAAACAUACAAAGUCACACGGACGUUGCUCCACCAAUGAUCAUUCUUUGAAAGUUUUGAAAGGAGGUCAAAAUAUGGAAAUUAAGAUCGACAUAUCGGAUAUCACCUGCGAAAUUUGCAACGAACCUUUUACUACAUUAGAAGAUAUUAUAACACAUCUAUUUAUUAAACAUAAGUUAGAAUAUGACCGCGAUGUUGAAAUGGCCAUAGAAGAGUAUAGACUAGUCGAUCUUAGCUGUUUAGCUUGUGAUGAAAAAUUCGCGUAUUUCGGUUAUCUGGUCUCUCAUGUUAAUAACAGUCAUCCUAAAAACUGUCUCAUCUGUGAUAAGUGCGAGCAAAAGUUUAAUAAGAAACGAGAUCUCUUCUCUCACAUGAAGAAUUAUCAUAGGGAGGGAGGUUACCAAUGCGAACUGUGUCCUUUAAGUUUUAGCUCACUAAAUAUACUCAGGAAACAUAGAAACAAUCGUCAUUUGACUAGGUGUAGUAUCUGUCAGUUGAAGCUGCCUUCAGCGGCGUUAAAACAGAAGCAUAUGGAGAUGGAACACCCUGACGAUGGCUCUCUGCAAUGUGAUAACUGUUUCAAAGAAUUCCACACGAAGCAGGGUCUUAGAAUGCACGUUAGAAAGUGCAAGGGAGAAGAUGAGCUUUUCAGUAUAGAUGUUAGGAAAAAAGACUACGAUCCGAUGGAUCUGGAUCAGAAUUACGAAGAUCCAGUCAAGAGACCGAGCGUCAAGCAGAUCAGGGAGAACAUAGUUAUAGUCAUUAAUAUGUCAACAGCUAUUCCAUUUAACUUCUAUAAAAAUAAGUUUAACUGCUUCUAUUGUUCCAAAGAUUUUCCCGACUCAGAUUUGAUGAGAGAGCAUACUAUAAUAGAACACCCUACGUGCGAUGUCAAACAGAAAUGCAUUAGGAAGUGUAGGGAAUCUGUAGCGUGCGUCAAAAUAGACAUUUCCGCCCUAGCGUGUAAACUAUGCUUCGAGUCCCUACCCGACCUCGACACGCUCAUAGAUCAUCUAAUCCUAAAACACGGAGCCAACUACGACAAGUCCAUAACGACCUGCUUACAGCCCUACAGACUCAUCAAAGACCACAUGGCCUGCCCACAUUGUCCAGGCGAAAUAUUUAGAUUCUUCGGCACUCUGCUAAAACACAUGAACAACAAACAUACGAACAACAAUAUUAUUUGCGUGUAUUGCGGACAAACCUUCAGGCGGGACCAAAACCUUCGCGUUCAUAUUUGGCGUCACCAUAGGGACGGUAGAUUUAAGUGUAACAUAUGUGGCGCCGAAUGUAAUAUACCUUCCAGGUUAUACAUGCAUAUGGCUAAAGCGCACGGGGUGAAAGCGGCUAAAUGUCCUAAAUGCCCCGAGAGCUUUUCAACACAAUAUUUAAGACAGAAACAUUUGAUUGAAGCUCACGACUCUGGCCACAAAUGUUCUUACUGUGGCAAAUUAUUCACCAGGAACUCAUUCAUGAGGGACCAUAUUAGACGAACGCAUUUAAAAGAGAAAAAUGUCGAAUGUUCCAUCUGUAACAUGAAGUUUUUCAACAACAUUCUUCUGAGACGCCACAUGGUUAAACAUAGCGGCGAGAAAAAUUUUCAUUGUGAUAUUUGUGGUGAAAGAUUUUUCUGGCGAAAAAGCCUUCGGACGCAUAUGGCUAGGCAUAAUAAGCAUAUUAAUCCUGUACAUAUUUAAGUCUUCAUCUAGUCAUUUAGUUAUUCCAUAUAGCUUAAGUCAUUUAUAUCGGUCGCCAUAGAUUUGGCCAUGCUGUACAUAAACUAAUUUAUUUUGUUUUGAAAUUUGGAAUCAUGUUCGACACAUUCCACAUAUGGUUUAAGAACUUUAUUCUCAAAAAGAAUUUUCAAAAUUCGCUUACAUGAGAAUACAAUUUUUAUAAUACUUAUAUCUUAGGACUAACGUGCAGACCAUGUAAAAUAAAU